GUUGACAAGUCGCUCGGAUAAUCUAACGAGCCAAUGUACCGGAUGCGGACGACUAUGUCCUAAAUCAGAAAAGGAAGAGACAGAUCUUCCAGAAGGAUGGACAUAGUUGCCAAAAGAUAGCACUUCAGAGCGACAUUCGACCACAGCGAGGAUACUGCAAGUGUAAACAAAUAGCGGUUGCGAGGCCUGGAUCAGGAUGUCGAACGUAAAAAUGAACUUCCAGACCCUGCCAAAUGUGCCAUUCCUACAAGGAUGGCCGGGCAUUCUGGGUCAAGAACCUUGGAGGAAACCUCCAGCGGUACAUGGUCUCCUCGAGUUUAGACCAGGAUCAAAUCAAGUCAAAGCUAGAUCAAUACAAGUCGAGUUUGUAAGGAUAGAAAAUAUGCCUGGAGGAGGCCAAACUACUAUGAGCGUUGUAGGAGCUCCAGUCACUGUCUGGCAGGCGCCCGCGGGCAAAGAGUGGGAGACGAUAAAGGCUACGGACUUCAAGUUCUAUAUACCACUGCCUCUGAAUAUUCCCGGAACUGUAGAGAUGAAACCGAAAGGUGGGGGACUACGAUACGAGCUCGUUGCAAACCUGUCUCACAAACCGAAAAGCGGUCUGCUACGACGCGAUUCGAACCCGGUCACCCGGACGACUCAAGCCAUCUUCAUCACCAAACAUGAGCAACAUUCGGCCUGGCCCAUCUAUAACGUUCCAGAGACGCGUUCGACGGUACUAGACGAAAUGGAGUUGACCGUCAUGCGCAACUAUACGGCUUUUGGACCGGCCGAUCGAAUCGAAGUGUUGGCCUGUUUGCGAUCAUCAAGACCGAAACCAUUGAAACUCCGGGCUUUCCACCUCGAAUUGAUCGAGGUCAUAACCUUUCGCCCGCCGGUCAGCCGAGGUGCAAAACAAGCAUCUUCGAAUCGAACAAGAGUGGUGCACGAAUCAAAGGUUCCCGUCGGAGAGAAGAUCGGUCGGACGGAAGAGAAGAAACGGUCGAUCGCACUCGUCGUGCCUGCCGGUCUCGUAGCACAUACUACAAAAGGUGCGAAGCUGUUCGAUAUUGCUUACGAGCUCUCGGUCAAAGCGAUCAUGGAAGGGAUGGGCGACGUCAAGCUCGAGCACCUGCAAGUCACUCUCGGGAUCUAUGGUAGACCUAGAGCGCACGACGUGGUCAACCAGAUCGGGAUGGUGGACGCACUAUGUCCUUUCCCAGUCGGCCGACCUGGAGUAGCCAGGUCAGACAGUCAGACGACUUCGAUCAGGAGUUCGAUUGCGGGUCCGGCCGGAGGAGGGCGUCCACCCACCGAAUUUGUUGCCUUCCCGGAACCUCGCAUCAACCCUGCCAAUCAGCUCUCCCCCGGACACCCCGGUCGUCCAGCUCGAAACAGCUACUACGGACCCAUAAAUCCCUCCAUCGCUCAGGACAUGCCUUCCCAUGCACGAUUGACUCCCCAACCAUUCGCCUCGAGGCCGCUUUCUGUGGAUUCUUCUUCUAUAUACUCGCAUCCUCAGUGGCAAUCACAGUCAGACGUAUCGUCGGUGCGGGAUCUGCAAUCCGACGCCGGCCACAACUUCAAUCGGGUCCGACCUCAGACGUUUGGAUUGCCCGAUCAGUCGGUCAACGUUCUUGCUGAUACGAAAAGGAUGUCUUGGUCUUCCGGUCAGGGAAUGGAACGAGGGCCAUCGCUUCACGGAUCGCCGGGUGCCAACUUGCGACCAGCUGGACCUUCCAGAACUCCGACCGGGGUGACUAUAGUCAGCGAAGACGGCCGCAGAAGUCUCGAUGCAAGACCCGGUUCUCUUUUACUGGAAAGACCAGGAAUCAGUCCCACACCCAGCCGUCGCUCUUACGUCCACCAGGAUGGCGGCAGGGUCGUGCUGAACGAAAAUGGGGAGGUUCAACAUUCCCCUCAGAUACAGCAGGAUAAUCCGAUGUCGAGCCAAAAUCGAUGGAAUGCAGCGGAGGCGGAAAAACAGAGAUUAUAUGCCGAAGCCCGAAGGAAUGCCGCUAUGACACAACUGUCUGGGGGAGCUGAUCUUGAGCCAAUGGGUUUGUCGGAAGAUGUGCCCCACGAGCCUCCGCCAGAGUAUAGUCCUCGUCAAUCUGGGCAUCCACAAGUGGUCGUGGAUCCUCCUGCCGAGUCGAGCUCUGGACAUGACACCACUUAUCCGAGGGAGAAGAUGCCCGUAGCGAGGGAAGGAAGCGGCGAUUCGCAUGAGAGCGAUACUCGUACGGAGCAGCCGCUAGCUACUCCGCUCGCCGAAAUGCCGGGCGACCUCAUGCGAGCAGCGCCGCUGUCUCCUACCCGAGAAUCAUCAGAGCCCCCGUCAAGCCCAUUCGUUGGCUUAGGCAUCAACGGCGAGGGCACGUCAUCGUCUAUGCCUGGUAUGAACGACGCAACGAGUCCGACUACAUCACGCCAUUUACCUCGACCGCUUAGCGACAAGGAGCAGAUGAAGCGGUAUUACGAAGCACAAGACAAGAUCGCGCGCGCACAAGCCGUUCCUCCUCCAUUCAACAACAACAGAGACGCGAGUGAUAUGCCAUUCGGAGCCGAAUCUUCGAGUUCGUCUAUGAAGCCUCUGAGCGACAAGGAGGCCAUGCGUCGAUUCUACGAGGCCCAGGAUCAGAUGAAUCAGGCUCAGGCGGGAUCGAGCAGUCGCACGGCGGACCGGGGUGAAGGCAGCUCAUCGUCUGGUCGAGGUGCAUCAUCUAUGGGCAGCUCACGACCGGCUCCGUUGGACCUGUCGCCGCGCUUCAUGACCGCCGCCGAGGAAAAGGAGAUGAUGAAGCAUCGUUAUGAGCAAGCGACCCGACAGGUCUCGGAUCAUCACCAGGCGAGGCGUAGUGACUCCGGGUGGUCUGAUAGCGGGCACGGGCACGGAGGUUCGAGCAGUGCCACACCCACCCGGCAAGAGUUUGGGCCCACAGAAGCUCCUAGGUCGGGCUCUUCUCAAGGUCAUUCGAGGUGGGCGUCCGCUACAGAAGAGAAGGACGCCAUGCGGCGGCGGUACGAAGAGGCUGUCAAUGCCAUGGGUCAGACCGGGAUGGGCGAGGGUAGCAGUAGCGGCGGUCCGCGAACCGGUGAAAUCAACCCUGCGCAUGUGCAUCCAAGUUACUCGGGCAGUAGCAGUUCGCAGACGACCCCACCUCCCGACCUGCCUCAACGACCGAAUGCAGAGUACAAGACGCUCCUAUCGCCCGACCUGCCGCAAGGUAUGCCCGGGAUGGCACCAUACUACGGAGGACCGAUGAUGAACCCACCGUUUGGGAUGCCGAUGAUACCUCCCUUUGGACCUCCCAUGAGCCCGCCGAUGGGGAUGGGUCCCAUGUUCGGGAUGCCGAUGGGGAUGGGAAUGAUGCCUCCCAACAAUCCGUACGCUUACGGGAUGCCGCCGGGACAGAUGUCUCAGGGAUACCCUGCGCAAACACCCUAUCAGGGACAAUACCAAUCACAACACGUAGAUGACCGACAAGAGGAAAGCGAACGACAGUAUCGCCAGGACAGCUAGUUUCAUAAUCGAUUGUCUCAGGAUAGCUAGAUUGUAGAUAGGUUGACAGCUCAUAUUCGAUUUCGUUGGAGAAUG